UUUCCCUCUGUUACGCACCAGUUUGCAUUUCGCUUUCUGGGUUGACCGCUGUGUUAUCAUGGAGAAAUACCUUAUCACUGCUUCUGCAUGUGCACUUACCGCUUCUGCACUGACUUUCUUAGUAUGUCGAUAUCUACACAAAAGACGCGACGUUCAAGACAACAUAUACGAGACGGAGAAAUACCUCGGAAGGUAUCUCAUUUGCCAUUAUGGUCAACCAGACGAAAUUUUGCCAUACAGCUUUGGUCUCGAGGAAUCUCUCGAUUUUCCAAAGCGUUGUGCUCUAGAGUGUAUAAAGCACACAGAGGAUGACGUACCUAGCAGAGCUCUUGACGUAGGGUGUGCCGUGGGCCGGUCUUCUUUUGAACUCGCCAAGAGAUUUAAUCAAGUUGUGGGAAUCGAUUUCUCACAAAGUUUCAUCGAUACAUGUCACCAUCUUAAGAAAUAUGGGAAAUUAGCCUAAUCUGUCCAAACUGAAGGAGUUCUUGUGUCUGAGCAUGUGGCCGAGGUCGAUUCUGGCGUUGACAGAAGUCGUUUAUCUUUUUAUCAAGGAGAUGCUUGCAAUUUGCCAAGUGAUCUUGGACAGUUUGGCUGUGUUUUGGCAGCAAAUGUGGUGUGCCGUCUUCCUAAUCCGUAUCAGUUCUUAGAAAGGCUUCCAUCGCUAGUGGCACCUAGAGGUAUUUUAGUCAUUACUUCACCCUAUUGUUGGUUGGAGAAAUUCACACCCAAGAAUCUAUGGCUGGGUGGCUACAAAGAUGCAGAUGGUAAAGCCGUCACCGGAUAUGAUAAGUUGAAGGUUUACCUCAGCCAAAAUUUUGUGCUCGUAGAGGACAAGCUCAUGCCCUACUUCAUCAGAGAAUAUUCCUAUGAACACCAGUGGGGUGUGGCUCGUACCACCAUCUGGAAAAGAAGACAAUCGACAUCCUGAGUUCCAGAUUCGAUUCCUUAGAUGAUUUUCAGGCCUCAAUCGAUUAAGAGUAUUUUCUCGAAUUUUUCCCCCGAUGGACUAUCUUUUUGCCCUCUUUUUUUUUUUUUUAGCAGCAUAUGCAUACCGAUUAACUAACGUUGAUAUUUAUUGAUUUCAUAAUUGUUACUGUAAACUCUGACGCUUUGGGAGUGACUCUCGCGUGAAGAACGAGAACGUCUUGAGACUCAUGACAGCUUAUUCUAGCAAGUUGAGGCCCGCCUACGAGUUUAAAAGUUGUCAAAGCUUCAAACAGUAUAUUUCCUAAAAAUGUAAGAAUUAAAAUGAACUCGUAUUUUCUUCAAUUUUUGAAGGGAACGCACAAGAGACGUGUAUUAUGGGGAUUGCCUGCUAAAAUCUUCGGACGUAUUCGGUCAUGAUCAGACCAUAGCGUAUAACUAUAAAAUUUCUGAUCUGGUUUUGUUUCUUUUGAUACGUUACUUCGUUAAAGACUGCUUCCCAAGUCCGUGAAACUUAUGUGACAUUUUUGACGGAAAAAUGAAAGAAUAUCUUUCUCAUUUAGCAAAUUGACAAUGUUACAAUAAAUUCUAGAAAAAAAAUGAUUUGCAAAAACAGGGUUUAACAUCAUUACUUUAGCGUACCUUAAACAUAGUAGCCCGUUCCAGUAAAUAGACGAUAGACACUACAUGGAAGAACUUCUUCAGAUUAGAGUAGAAAAAGACGGUUCUAGAUCAAAAUUGCAGAAGUUUAGUCGAAAAGUAUCACACAAACCCUUAACGGAGGAGUGUGCAACCGGACCCAAACCUCCCCCAUUUUUGCCCUACAGCUUAGCCUAAAACAGACAACAAACGAAGCAUUCAUGUAGUUAGUUUGUCUGAAACAUUCAAUUGCUUUAUCGAGAGUUCCUUACCAAUAAUUUAUCUUUUUUUUUGCUGCCUUUAGCAAAAAAUUCACUAAAUAUUUUACGCGUAACAAUGCUAGUUACAACUAUUUAUGGCCAUUUAAAUUUCAGUCUCUGUUUCUCUUUUUGAAAAUUACUUCCGGUGUACCACACUUCCGCUAGAGGGAUUACCAGGUCACCAAGCACUAAAUCGUUAUCAAGGAUUCUAGGAUCCACGUGCCGGUGGAUUACAUCGGCAGAUUAUUUUGUAAUAUUUCUUCAAUUUUUUCAAAUCAUGGAGAAAGGUCUUAUGAUUGCCUCAGCUAGUGCGCUUGGUGCUUCUGCACUUACAAUACUAGCUUGUCGUUAUCUUUCCAAAAGACGCGAAGCUCACGAUAACGUUUACGAGACAGAAAAAUUAAUCGGCGAAUAUCUCAUAUUCCACUUCGGUAAACCAGACGAACUUUUGCCAUAUGGCUUUGGUCCCCAUGAAUCUCUUGAUUUUCCCAAGCGAUGUGCGUCGGAAUGUAUUAAACAUAUGGGGGAUAAUGUGCCGAGCAUUGCUCUCGACAUAGGAUGUGCAGUGGGUCGAUCUUCUUUUGAACUCGCUAAGAGAUUUGAUCAAGUUGUGGGAAUUGAUUUCUCACAUGGUUUUAUUAAUGCCUGCAAUCAACUCAAGACGUAUGGAAGAUUGGAGUACACUGUCCAAACUGAAGGAAGUCUUGUGUCUGAACAUGUCGCUGAGGUUGAUCCUGACAUUGAUAGAGGUCGUCUAUCUUUUUAUCAAGGAGAUGCUUGCAAUUUGCCCAGUGAUCUUGGGCAGUUUGGCUGUGUUCUGGCUGCAAAUUUGGUUUGCCGUCUUCCUAAUCCAUAUCAGUUCUUAGAUAGGCUUCCAUCUCUAGUUGCACCUGGAGGUGUUUUGGUCAUUACAUCACCAUAUUCAUGGUUAGAGGAGUUCACACCUAAGAACCUUUGGCUUGGUGGCUAUAAAAAUGCAGAUGGAAAGAUUGUCACAGGAUUUGACAAUUUGAAGAGUUACCUGGGUCCAAAUUUUGAGCUGAUCGAAGACAAGCCUAUGCCUUUCUUCAUCAGAGAAACAGCUCGUAAAAACCAGUGGACUGUAGCACAUGCCACCAUUUGGAAAAGAAGGCAGGCAACACCUUGAUUCAAGAAUCUCAGAAGAGUUGAACAUGUUAAGGGUAUCUAGUUAAACUUUUCAUGGGACUUAAAAGUUUCUUAUUUGUCCAAAAUACACUAUUUGUUUUAAUGCACAAGUGGGCAAUGACUACCAAAUUGUUGAUUUUCAGGAUUUUUGUAGUUUGCUUUUCCUGUCCAUUUUAAGUUAGGAUUUGAAUUUAGAUAGCUCAGCACCAAUUUUUAUUUUCACAACAAAUGAUAUUAUUACUAGGAUCAUGACAAGGAAAAAGUAAUUUUAAUACUUCAAGCACUGUGCAUUUUGUGUCUCUCAAGGUAAACACUAUGAUAAACAGACAAGUAUUUAUUUAUAACUACUAACAAAACAUGGUGGCUGUAAUUGGACAUCAGCCUAUAAAGUGGACAUAGAGGAUAGAUUGAGUUUUUGCAAUGAAAGGUGUGCACGUAGCAUACGCGCAUCUUGGAAACAUGCUUGCAGUCAACUCUUGCUUCUCAAGCUUUUCAAAUGAAAUAAAAAUGAAGGAAAUGAAAUCAUU